GAGAGAGCAGGAGAGAGAGAGAGAGAGAGAAAGAGAGAAAGAAACACACACAGAGUUGGCGAGGUAGUCAGACAGAAAGCACCGGGAGAAUGGCAACGAUUGGAGACUUCGAUCCGCUGCAAGCUACAGUUCCUGCCACCAAGAUCGAGAUCACCGUGUCUUGCAGGAACCUUCUUGAUGUGGAUACCUUCUCCAAGUCAGACCCCGUUGUUGUGCUUUACAUCCAAGGGAUUGGCAGCAAAGAAUGGCGGGAGUACGGAAGAACUGAAGUGAUUGAAAACACGUUGAGCCCAGAUUUUGUGCGGAAGUUUGUCCUGGAUUACUUCUUUGAAGAGAAGCAGAAUUUACGUUUCGAUGUGUACAGUGUGGACUCAAGGAGCACAAACAUUUCAAAAAACAAGGUUUUCCUUGGCCAGAUUUUCGUCACUCUGGGAGAAAUCAUUGGAUCUGCAGGCAGUCGUGUGGAGAGAUUGCUAACGGGCGUCCCCGGCAAAAAAUGUGGAAUGCUGAUCUUGUCUGCUGAAGAAUUAAGCAACUGUCGGGACAUUGCAACAAUGCAACUCUGCGCUAACAAGCUGGAUAAGAAGGAUUUCUUUGGAAAAUCGGAUCCGUUUUUGGUCUUUUAUCGAAGCAAUGAAGAUGGAACGUUUACCAUCUGCCACAAAACGGAAGUGGUGAAGAACACACUGAACCCAGUCUGGCAGCCGUUCACCAUCCCAGUCCGAGCUCUCUGCAAUGGGGACUAUGACAGAACGGUGAAGGUGGAUGUCUAUGACUGGGAUCGGGAUGGCAGCCAUGACUUCAUUGGAGAGUUCACCACCAGUUACAGAGAGUUGUCCCGAGGUCAAAGUCAGUUCAACGUCUACGAGGUCUUAAAUCAUAAGAAAAGAGGGAAAAAGAAGAAGUACGUGAACUCUGGGACGGUGACUCUCCUUUCCUUCAAAGUGGAAUCUGACUUCACUUUUGUAGAUUACAUUAAAGGCGGAACCCAGCUAAAUUUCACCGUGGCAAUAGACUUCACUGCAUCUAAUGGGAAUCCUUCACAGCCCACCUCACUUCACUACAUGAACCCCUAUCAGAUGAACGCGUAUGCCAUGGCGUUGAAAGCAGUUGGAGAAAUCAUCCAGGACUACGACAGCGACAAACUCUUCCCGGCAUUAGGAUUCGGAGCGAAGCUGCCACCCGAUGGGAAGGUGUCCCACGAGUUUCCUUUGAAUGCAGAUCUGGACAACCCAAACUGCAACGGGAUAGAUGGUGUGUUGGAGGGAUAUUACCAGAGCCUGCGACGAGUGCAACUGUACGGACCAACCAACUUUGCACCGGUCAUUAAUCAGGUCGCCAGCUGUGCGGCUCCAGUGACUGAUGGCUCCCAGUAUUUUGUGCUGUUGAUUAUCACAGAUGGAGUGAUCUCAGACAUGGUACAAACUAAAGAAGCCAUUGUUAAUGCCUCAGUCCUUCCAAUGUCAAUAAUCAUCGUUGGAGUGGGACCUGCAGAGUUUGAUGCAAUGGAGGAGCUGGAUGGGGACGAGGUUCGAAUCUCCUCCAGGGGUCGAUACGCGGAACGUGAUAUUGUGCAGUUUGUUCCAUUCCGAGACUAUGUCGAUCGCUCUGGCAACCACAUCUUGAGUAUGGCUCGGCUUGCUAAGGACGUGCUGGCGGAAAUCCCAGAUCAGCUGCUCUCCUACAUGAAGACAAGAGACCUAAAGCCUCGGCCUGCCCCUCCCUCCUACACAUCCGCCUCACAACAAUCAUUCCACUCAAGGAUCUGAGGACGAACACUCUCUCUUUCAUCAUUGUACUUAUAGACUGCUUUUAAUAUAAUUGCAAUUGGAACUUCAGUGUACACGUGUUUGAGAGAGAGAUAUGGACAGUUGUCGAACUUGCCUCUGUUCCAUUGUAGAAAUAUUGGCCCUAUCUAUUCCAGCUGCUGAUAUCAUCGUGGUCUUCAUGGAUGGAAAUAACGGACAUAUAUUGGAUGAAGUCCAUCUAUCACUUCCAGUUUAUAGCUUGGUUACUCUGUUCCACUUGGUGUUGCCACAAAUAAUUAUGCUCUCCUCCUCCAGUUGCCUGUAAAUGAGCUUUUGAUGUUUACGCAGUGUUCCUGUCAUAUUAGUUCAGACGCCAGUGGCAGCAGUAACCAUCAUCGAUGCUGCAUCGUGAAGCUGCCCUCUGUAAUCGGUACUUGACAGAGGCAACUACAACAUAGAACAUUAGGGAAAGUACAGCACAGGAACGAAAAUGAUCAUACGAGGUAUAGAUCGGGUAGACGCACAGAGUCUCUUGCCCAGAGUAGGGGAAUCAAGAAGG